CCCCUCCCCCACGACUCGCGGUGACGUCACGAGGCUCGCCCCUCCCCCACGACUCGCGGUGACGUCACGAGUCUCGCUCGAGGCCUCGGGUCACGGUGACAUCGGCAGACAACCACAAGUGAAACAGCAGCACAACAACAACAACAAAUAACACACACGGAGUAAACAAACACACACACACAGAUUCAUUCAUUCAGCAUCAGCAGCGAUUGUUAAAGUGUAGAGGUCACGGGGUUCACAUCAAGUGCUGAAGCCAAUGGCCUCCAAGAGUGACGAAGGACCUCCACCACACGCGUCACUGCGUGGACUGCUGUGGCUGCUGGGGGCGUGGGAGUCUCAGCCCGCCGGCGAGGGUCUCUACCCACCCGGCGUGGCGCCCUUCAGCUUCAGGGAGACGGCCACCUUCACACACACGGGGCAGCCACUGUUGGAGUACACUUUCUAUGCGAGCCACGUGGAGUCAGGACGUCCUAUGCACAGAGAGACCGGAUUCCUCAAACCAGCACCAGCAGAGGCCAACAACCACCACAACCGCAUCGCCAUCAUCAACGCACAGAACACCGGUUUGGUGGAGGUGGGCGAGGGACAGGUGGAUGGAGAGUCGCUCACCGUGACCUCUCACACGCUCGGGAGAACGACCUUUAACAAACAGCCUCACGUCACCCAGAUCCAGCGUAUUCUCCGCCUCACUGCGCAGGGAGAGCUGGAGCACGUGGUCUCCAUGGCAACGGAGACCUCGCCCCUGCAGCAGCACCUGCACACCACCUACCGUCGCCGUGGCAACCCCGCCCAGUCGCCAUGACGACGCCCCACCCACCCCACCCCAACGAUCGCCACGCCAACCGCACCUCAGCGCCAUGACUACGCCCCUCUCGUUACCACGGCAACCAACUCACCGCUCCUCCACAUCUCAAGUCGCCCACCCUCGGCCGUGGUCAAUCCACUGCUGGAUGGAUGAGCCCCCCACACACCCACAGACACACCCCCACUCACACACACACACAGACACACCCACACACCCACAGACACACCCACACACCCACACACAU